AUUCACAGCAGAAGAAGCAGAGGCUCAGUGGUGCUGUUUCUUCUUUGAUGAGGUGGAAUUAUCUUACUGAGUGGAUCAACACGGCUGUAUUUUUCAAACUGCUUUAAUCUUUCUGUCUUUCUCCAAAUCAUGCCGUACUAUCAAGCAUGGGACGAAUUUGCCCGGGCUGCCGAAAAGCUAUAUCUAACUGAACCGAUGAAGGUUAGAGUGGUCCUGAAGUACAGGCACUGUGAUGGGAACCUCUGUAUAAAAGUCACAGAUGACGCUGUGUGUUUGCAGUACAAGACCGAUCAAGCGCAAGAUGUGAAGAAGAUUGAAAAGCUACAUGGAAAGUUGAUGAGAUUAAUGGUCUCUAAAGAGUCUCACAGUGGUGCAAUGGAGACAGAUUGAUACUGGAUUCAUUGACUUUGUAUUGUGCCAAUUUAGAAAAUUUUGACAUUCAGCCGAAGUAUUCACAGUUGAAGCUGUACAUGGUUAUAUAUUAUUUUCACUUUAUUUGUGUAAGCAUCUGCUAUCAAAGGCAAGCAGGUGAAUCACAGUCCUGUAAGUGAGGUGAGGGAACAGGUGUGCUUGCUCAAUUUCCAGUCACCAAAUAAAUUUUGGUCUGUA